AUGUUCAGUUUCUGCCCGCUUCAAGGCGCCCUGUCCGAAUCGACAGCGUCGCAGUCGCUGCUGGAGCUCGAUGGCGGUGUCAAGGUGCUGGUCGAUGUCGGCUGGGAUGAGACGUUUGAUGUCGAAAAGCUCAAGGAGUUGGAAAAGCAAAUACCCACGCUCUCUUUGAUCCUGCUAACCCAUGCGACCGUCUCACAUCUCGGCGCAUAUGCGCAUUGCUGUAAACACUUCCCUCUAUUUACGCGCAUCCCCGUCUAUGCCACGAGACCCGUCAUCGAUCUCGGCCGCACCCUGACCCAGGACCUCUACGCCUCAAACCCCUUAGCCGCGACGACAAUAUCACCCAAUUCGCUCGAAGAGGUGUCGUACGCCUAUGCACAGACAUCUUCCACUGACCAGAACCUGCUUCUACAGCCCCCGACGCCAGAAGAAAUUGCCCGCUACUUUUCUCUGAUCCAGCCUCUUAAAUACUCUCAGCCUCACCAACCGCUCCCUUCACCAUUCUCGCCUCCACUCAACGGCCUCACCAUAACCGCCUACAACUCGGGGCAUACGCUUGGUGGGACCAUCUGGCACAUCCAACAUGGCCUCGAAUCCAUCGUCUAUGCUGUAGAUUGGAACCAGGCCCGCGAGAAUGUAUUUGCCGGCGCUGCCUGGCUGGGAGGAGGGCAUGGCGGCGCCGGAGGGGCUGAGGUGAUCGAACAGCUGCGCAAACCGACCGCCCUGGUAUGUAGUAGCCGUACGCCCGAGACAGCCCUCGCGCGCGGGCGCCGCGAUGAGCAGCUUCUGGAAUCAGUUAAGCUCUGUAUCGCCAGAGGCGGGACCGUGCUUAUACCCGUGGAUUCGAGUGCGAGGGUACUAGAGCUUGCUUAUCUCCUGGAACACGCGUGGAGGGCCGAAGUUGACAAGGACAACGACGUGUUCAAGUCGACAAAGGUUUAUCUGGCCGGCCGCAGCGUAGGAAGCACCAUGAGGAAUGCGAGGAGUAUGCUGGAGUGGAUGGACGACAGCAUUGUGAGAGAGUUCGAAGCUGUCGCUGGAGGCAGCAGGGCGCCGCCGAACAGCGGCCCGGCUGGCGGGAAGGGCAAGGAUGCGGGGCCCUUCGACUUCAAAUAUUUGAAGCUGCUGGAGCGGAAAGCACAGAUCGAGCGGAUCCUGCAACAAGCAGCGGACGAUGCCGAACCAAAAGGCAAAGUCAUACUAGCCACUGACUCGAGCUUGGAGUGGGGCUUCUCCAAAAACGUACUCAAAGCUAUCGCUGGGGAUCCAAGGAACCUCGUGGUCCUCACUCAAAAACCGAGUCUCAACCCCAACAAACCUUCCAUCGCACGAACACUCUGGGACUGGUGGAAGGAGAGGAAGGACGGUGUGGCUGUCGAGCAAACACGUAGCGGGGACACAUUCGAGCAAGUUUAUGGAGGUGGACGUGAGCUCCAAGUGACUAAUGCUGCACGACAGGCCUUGGAGGGAAAUGAGCUUGGUGUCUACCAACAGUGGCUUGCUACGCAGCGACAGCGUCAGGCCACCUUGCAAACUGGCGGUGGCGCCACACUCGAAGCGUCUGCCGACGUGGUGGACGAUGCCUCGGAAACCUCAACCGAGUCGGAAGAGUCUGAAACGGCGCAGCAAGGAAAAGCGCUCAACGUGUCGACAACCAUUGGACAAGCGAGCCGCAAGAAGGUUGUGCUGACGGAUGAAGAUCUAGGCAUUACCAUCCUGUUCAAGAAGAAAGGCGUUUACGAUUUUGACGUAAGGGGUAAGAAAGGCAGAGAACGCAUGUUCCCUACGGUAAUGCGGCGGAAACGCAAUGACGAGUUUGGCGAGCUCAUCCGGCCCGAGGAUUACUUGCGCGCAGAAGAACGGGAGGAUGCUGAUGGCCAGGAUGUCGGGCAAGACGGGAAUAGGCAAGACCAGGGUUUGGGUAAGAAGCGCAAGUUUGACGAUCUCGGCACGGCAGGCAAGGGAGCUUCGGGGCCCAAUAAGCGCCCUCAAUUGAAACGGGCCUUGUCUGCAGACGAGCCGGACAUUGCCGCGCUUUCCGAUGGCACAAGCGCCGACGAGCUAGACCAGCUAGAGGACGAGGAGGAAACAGUUCUCGGCCCAUCGAAGCUGGUCGUAAGCUCAGAGACCGUCUCGGUCAGGCUCCGCAUCGCCUUUGUUGACUUCAGCGGCCUGCACGACAAGCGCAGCCUGCACAUGCUGAUUCCCCUCAUCCAACCGCGCAAACUCGUCUUCGUCGCCGGCGCCGAGGCAGAGACCCUAGCGCUAGCCGCCGACUGCAAAAAGCUGCUCACCGCGCAACUCGGCGAAGCGGAACCGGCCAAGUCCACCGUCGUCGACGUCUUCACCCCCACAAUUGGCGCCACCGUCAACGCCUCAGUCGACACCAACGCCUGGGUCGUCAAGCUGGCCGACCCCUUUGUCAAGCGCCUCAAGUGGCAGAACGUCCGCGGGCUGGGCAUCGUCACCGUGACCGGCCUGCUGCUUCCAGGCGGGGAAGUCGCCAUACAACAAGACGCGGACGACCGCGGCCAAGACACGGCCAAUAAACGGCCCAAACUGCUGCCAGAGGCUGCCGGCGGGACAACACCCGACGGCACACCCGCACCACCAAGCCUCACGGGCAGCAAACCGAGCACCCUCCCCACCCUAGACCUUUUGCCCACCAACCUGGCCUCGGCCGUCCGCUCGGCCGCCCAGCCGCUCCACGUGGGCGACCUCCGCCUCGCAGACCUGCGGCGGGCCAUGCUCAAUGCCGGACACAGAGCCGAGUUCCGCGGGGAGGGCACGCUGCUCAUCGACGGGACCGUGGCGGUGCGCAAGACGGCGACGGGCCGCGUCGAGCUUGAGAGCGUCGGCCUGCCUUUGAUGAUGGACGCUACCGCGCAGCAGAGUGGUGGUGGUGCUGCUGCAGCCGCCGCCACGUUUUACGCGGUGAGGAAAAAGAUUUAUGAGGGUCUUGCGGUUGUUGCCGGGGCGUAG